UUGAAUUUGGCCGAAGAAGAAUGAAACAAGCAUGGCCGGGAACAUCCACAACACCGCGGCUCCGAUAGUCAGUUCUGUGUCUAAACUACAGUCGUUAAAUGGAUUGUUUGCGAUAUAUAAAAAAAAAGGACCGACAUCUGCAGACGUGUUAAAUACACUGAAGGAAGUGUUGCUCAAGGAAGCUGGUGUGAAAAACCCCAACCCGCGAAAGAGGAAGAAGCAGAGCCUGAAGAUGGGGCACGGAGGGACGCUGGACAGUUCUGCCAGUGGGGUGCUGGUGGUUGGUGUUGGGAAUGGCACAAAGAUGCUCAGCACCAUGUUGGCUGGUUCCAAGAAAUACGUGGCCGUGGGGGAACUGGGGAAAGCAACAGACACCCUGGACGCCAGCGGCAAAGUGGUCCUGGAGGAAGACUUCGGACACGUCACCCGGCUGGACAUGGAGGAGAAGCUGAAGGCGUUCACUGGUGACAUCAUGCAGGUUCCCCCUCUCUACUCUGCGCUAAAGAAGGACGGCCAGCGCCUGUCCGUCAUGUUGAUGAAAGGUCACAAGGUCGAGGCCAAACCCGCCAGACCAGUCACUGUGUACAACCUGACCCUGCAGGAGUUCACGCCUCCUCUCUUCACCUUGGACGUCGAGUGUGGCGGCGGGUUUUACAUCCGGAGCUUGGUGGAUGACCUGGGAAAAGCGCUGUCGUCCUGCGCCCACGUGAAGGAGCUGAGCCGCACCAAGCAGGGCCAGUUCACCCUGGAGGAGCACACCCUGCACGAGGAGCAGUGGACCCUGGAGCACGUGCUGCGCUCCCUGCAGCCCUGCCCGGAGCAGGGGGGCCCAGCGGAGGGGGGCCCAGCGGAGGGGGAACCAGCGGAGGGGGAACCAGCGGACGGGGGCCCAGCAGAGGGGGCCCCAGUGCAGAGGGGCCCAGCGGAGGGGCCUCCUGACGGGACCAAGGAGUGAAGAGCUGGGGGGGUGCUGUCCGUUUCCUGGUUCGCCACGACUCGCCUCGCUCGGGCUCCCCCAGCGACGAGAUCGCCGGAAGAGGGAAGGACCUGGACGGAGCAGCGAGGAUACACGACACCGUGCUGGAAGAUGAUGUUCAGGUCAUGCUGUCAACAGGGGCCUCCUUGUAACGUAGAGCUAUAUACUUUUCACAAUUUAAAAAUCAUCUCCACCAAAUGUAAAAACCACAACUAUUGUACAGUUGGAGAGGAUCGCUGGAUGAUGCCCACCUCGGUAGAAGAGGUUUUGCUGGUGGUGGAUCUUUGAGAUCAGCAGAGACACAAACUCAAUGUAUCCAGUGACAUAAUAGUAAAUCUAUAUAGACCAAUGUGAAAAGGAGCAUUGUGAUAACAUCAACUUCCUGGUCCACCUUCUGUAGCCCUGCUGGACGACACUCUCCCAAAGCAGGUGGAAGGUACUCCUCAGUUCUCCUGGAGGCUCCUCUGUGAGCGCCGUGCUGUUGGUGCUGUUCUUCCAGUGCAAAUGGAGAGCUGUUUCUUAAAGAUUGGCGUACUUGCAUCAUGGUGUGUUUGUAUAGCAUGUCUGGUUUGAAUCUGUCCUGCUUUCGCAGAUUAAAUAAACAUUUAGGUGAAACAGC